AUGGGUAACUUCUUCCGAAAAGACCGGCUCAAAGACCGUGACGAAGCCGAGGACCGACUUCAGAACGCCCCGCUAGCGCCCCGAGCCCGAGCGGAGAGCUCUACAACCCCGCCCGCCAUGCGUACACUAAUCACUUCGACGAGCACGCAUACCACGGCUUCCUCCGAAGCAUUCGCGUCGAACACAAACUCGGAUGAUCCAAUAGGCAUCAGCCAACUGUACGAUCCGGCUAAUGGGAAAGCCGUAGUUGACAUCGUGUUCAUUCACGGUCUCAAAGGCCACCGCGAGAAGACUUGGACGGCAGAGAAUGCGUCUGAGCCUUGGCCCAAGACUCUUCUUCCGUACGAAAUACCGAAUGCUCGAGUUCUGGCAUACGGAUACGGCGCCUCGGUCAAUCGCAUUCGAGACCACGCGGCGAUGUUUUUGCAUAGACUUACAGGCUUUCGAGCCCGAACCGAGACCGCUCUUGUCCGCUCCCAUACAAGAGAGCACCUCAAAGAAGUCAUCGAAUCUACACGAGCCAUCCUCUUCCUUGGUACGCCGCACCGCGGCUUAAACAUUCCUUUGUGGGCGCAACGACUUGGAAAGUCCGUCGGAGUGUUCAAGCAAACAAACACCGACAUUCUCGGUGUUCUGAACCCCGAAUCGGAGAUCCUGGCCGAGAUUCAGGACAAUUUCCACUACAUCAUAGAAUCGCAGAUUACAUCGGGUCGUUCCUAA